AUGCAGGAGAAUGCAAGUAAGAGUGGAAGGAGCGAAGAUAGCUGUUUCGCGGCAAGGCCUGUUCUAGAACAGAUCAACGAAUGCGAACAACCGAUCAAUAAGGUUAUUCGUGAUGAACAGUUUGACACUGAAUGGUACAUCGACAGUGGUUGUUCACGUCACAUGAUAGGAAGAAAGGAGGAACUACGAGAGUUCAGGGCUCUCAAGGAUGGCAGCAACAUAAAAUAUAGGAAUGAUUCUUUUGGCAUAAUAAAAGGCUACGACAUGAUAAUGAAUGGGGAAUUUUUUAUUCAUAAAGUGGCUUAUGUUGAAGGCUUGCAGCACAACCUAAUCAGUGUCUCACAGUCGGUUGUAGGAACCGGAUUGAAAGUGUCAUUUGAUGAAGAAGGAUCAGAAAUCAUUGAAAAGAAAUCCACGACUGUUCUUCUGAAAUCACAACAAAAGGGUGAAAUGUAUCCACUGAAUCUAAACCUGAUACGAGGAAAGCCUGCCAUUUGCCUGAUUACAAAAGCUCAUUCAGAUGAAAGUUGGUUAUGGCAUAGGCAACUUUCGCACCUAAACUUCAAAGACAUUAACAAACUCGUUCUUGGUGAUCAUGUGCGAGGACGUCCUUUAUUGAAAUUUGACAAGGAUAAUUUGUGUGCAGCCUGUGAGAUGGGAAAAAAAGUAGAAAGAGUCACCCAACUGUUGUAA